AAUUGUAACCUCGACUAAAAGGCCUAAAACUCAUUUCACAAAAUUAUAUAUAUAAUCAUCAUCAUCACCAUCUUCCCCAACUUCACACACACUUGAAUUGCAGAUCAAAAAUGUCAGCUACUUCAUUCCACACUGCUUCACUCACCUCUUCCUCCAUUCUUCUUCAGCAGGACAAAAGAACACGAUUUGCGUUACGAUCCGUAACUCCAGUUUCCGCCAUCACUUCUCGCAGAUCCUGUGCUCGAAUUAGAGCUUCCUACACUGAUUAUUCUGCUUCUGCUAACACCGGUGGAAGGACUGAAUUGGAUGCGUUGUCACACUACAGUGAAGUUGUUCCGGAUACUGUUGUUUUCGAUGAUUUUGAGAGGUUUCCUCCGACUGCUGCCACUGUUAGUUCUUCUCUUUUGUUAGGAAUUUGCAGCCUGCCUGAUACAACUUUUAAGGGUGCUGUGGAUACUGCAUUGGCCGAUAAGGAGUGUUAUGGUCUAGGGACCCCAGAUGCUCGGAUGACAUGUUUUGUUAAUAAGGCUUUAGUGAAUGUUGGUGGUGAGCUUUCGAAGCUAGUGCCUGGCCGUGUUUCAACUGAAGUGGAUGCUCGGCUUGCUUAUGACACGCAUGCUAUUGUUGGGAAGGUGGAAAGACUGUUGCAAUUGUACAACAGUAUUGAUGUCCCUGCAGAACGUUUGUUAUUCAAAAUUCCUGCAACUUGGCAAGGAAUUGAGGCUGCAAGAUUGUUGGAAUCUGAAGGCAUACAAACACAUAUGACUUUCGUCUACAGCUUUUGUCAAGCUGCGGCUGCUGCUCAAGCUGGUGCAUCUGUUAUUCAAAUUUUUGUUGGCCGCCUGAGGGAUUGGGCACGCAACCACAGUGGUGAUCCUGAAAUAGACGCUGCUCUUAAAAGAGGAGAAGAUCCGGGUUUGGCUUUGGUGACAAAAACUUAUAAUUAUAUCCACAAAUACGGGCAUAAAUCAAAGUUGAUGGUUGCCUCAAUCCGAAACAAGCAGGACGUUUUCAAUGUUUUAGGGGUCGAUUAUAUCAUCACUCCUUUGAAGAUAUUGCAGGCUCUUAAGGAAUCUGUGACUCCUGAUGACGAUAAGUAUACAUUUGUCAAAAGACUAUCCUCACAAUCUGCUGCAGCCUAUAACUUCACCGAUGAAGAGCUGGUAAAGUGGGACCAAUUGAGCUUUGCUUCGGGUAUGGGGCCCGCCGCUUUGGAACUUCUUGCUUCUGGGAUGGAUGGUUAUUCCAACCAAGCAAAGAGAGUGGAAGAGCUAUUUGGAAAAAUCUGGCCGCCACCAAACGUUUGAAUCAGAAGUUUCUCUAACUCCAUCUCGUACGUUGUUUAUUUCUUGUUUGGAAACAACAUUGUUAGUGUUUGUACUCUUGUCUUCACUGAUGAUGAUUUGAGAGUGUCAAUGUUGACGAUUUGUCAUAAUGUUAAGACCCUUGAUCCAUUUAACUUGUUUCGUUAGACC